AUUCGGAUAUUUGAUUUUUCGAGCAGAAAUUUCGGAUUUUUUUGAAGUUGUCAUUGUAUUUGUCAAUUUCUUUCGCCGUUUGCUACUUCUUGGUUCGUUUUUUAGUAAAAAUAUUGAAUGGAAAGUACAGAAAACGUCCUAACAGUGAGAGCGAAAAAGAAAAAGCCACUAUGGAUAAACUACCAUGGCUGCCGGAUUAGGCAGAGAAGAACUAUUGGCUGCAACUUUUAAAGAGAAAAUUUUUCAUUUAAUUUCCUUGGUGUUUCUUACCAAAUAUAUUUUCAGCCAAACGCAUAAUUCAGAGUUUUACUUAACAGAGUCAUUGAAAAGAGCAUUUAAUGUUGAAGGCGAUUUAGUUGAAGCUAUAACUGUAGAAAAGUUUUGGGAGUACGUAAGCAGCAAAAUGUUAGAGGAGUUCUAUGGAUCCGACAAAGUUAAAGGGUUAAGAAAAAAAUCAGAGUAAGUGCAUUCUCUAAUGACAAUCUACGUCUGGCAAUAGGAAAGGAUUAUAAAAAAAUAAUCUGCAACAUGUUGGUUGAAUAAUCAAAAUGUUGUUUUCAAUUAUUUAUAGAUAGAGGUGGGUCUUCUAAAUCUGAAAGCUAAAGGAACACGAAGGAGACCAAGUGAUUUGUGAAAAUAUAUUUAUGGUGCGAAUACUGAAUUUUUUUUUAGGUAAAAGUGUCUGAAAAUUCUUGUGAAAUUCAUGGAUACUUUUUCGGCAGUGUUUCAAUAAGUUUGAGAGUUCCGCGAGAAUCGAGACACUUUUAGAUUAGAACAGCCAACUGCGUAAGCUAAAACAUAGUUUGGUGCAUGUUUGUUAUCGCGUUGGGUCAGAGACAAGUUGGUUGGGUGAUGUUUUUCUUGAUUAAGUUCAUGCGUUAUAUCUCUUUUUUGUUGAAAUUUCAUUUUUUUGUGCGUUUAAUUUCUGUCACCGACAAACUUAUUUUUGCAGAUUAUUUCAAGUCAAUUUGUUUUAAACACUGUCGCUAUUUUCUUAAUUUCUCUGUCUAAAAGCCGUAUUUGGUUUUAGAUGGAUAUAUAGUGAUGCAUCAAGAACCAAAAGUAUCAGAUAUUGGCUUUCAUUGACUUCAUAUUAUGGUGGUGGAUUUUAUGCGGAUUUUUCGUUGAAUCUGAAUGAAAGCAUGACACUAUUAGAUACAUUGCAGGAAAAUCUAUGGAUUACGCGAGGAACUCGAGCUGUAUUUGUGGAUUUCAGUGUGUACAAUGCUAAUUUGAAUCUAUAUUGUAUCUGCAAAAUUAUUUUUGAAUUUCUACCCCCCGGAGGAGUAUCGCCAGCCGUUCAAUUUACCCCUGCCGCUCUAACUCCGUUCGGCAAUAUAUGGGACUGGAUAUUAAGAAUAUUACUUUACUACUUCUCUGCUUACAUUAUGUACUGCCUUUGCGAAGAAAUCAGAGAGAUGGUUCAUUUUAAAGGCACAUAUUUUAUUCAGUUUUGGAAUUAUGUUGAUCUGAUUAUAAUAAUGCUGACAUGUCUGUUGGUAGUUGGGACCGAAUAUAUGAAAGCUGUAAUGGCUCCUUACAUUGAAGAGAUCCCUCAUAAUCCUACUCGUUAUGGAAAUUUGGAGACACCUGGAAUCAUUUACCAAGUGGUCAAAACAAGCGGAGCCGUCUUAUUAUUUUUUGUUUAUCUACGCACGUUCAAGUACUUGAAUUUCAGCAGACGAAUCGCUCAGCUAAACAACACGAUUCGUAAUUGUUCCAAAGAUAUUCUUGGUUUUUCCGUGAUGUUCUUUGUCGCCUAUUUUGCAUACGCUGAACUAGGAUAUUUGGUGUUUGGAAGCCAGACCGAUGAAUUUCGCAGUUUUGGUCAAUCAAUGUUCACUCUCCUUAGAACUAUACUGGGAGAUUUUGACUACGAAAAAAUUAGUAAUGCUAAUUGGAUAGUGGCUCCCGUAUAUUUCCUGACUUAUAUUAUCCUAGUGUUUUUCGUUCCGCUGAACAUGUUCCUGGAAAUCAUUAAUGACACUUACGCCGACGUUAAAAUCGACAUAGCGAUUGCGCCAAAAAAAAUUGAAAUGUCUGAGUAUAUAAAGAAAAAGUGCCAAAAUUUAUUCAAAAAAUUUUGGAUGUGCAGUGAAAGAAGAAAAGGAGAAACCAAUGAUGAUUAACAGUAAUGUUAAUCGCAUUAGAGACGCACUAAUUAAAUGCGACUUUGAUGAUCGUGAAAUCGAAAUGUAUUUCAAGAGAUAUGAUAUAGACCCAUUAAAAGACUUGCAAAAAGAGGAUAUUGAACGAUUCUAUGAAAUGUUUGCUCAAGAGGAUUUAGCAAGAAAGAGGGGCGAAGAAAAUAUUGUUACUUGGAAAGGCUUUCAAAAGCAAGAUGAUAAAUUGGUUGAGUUGGAAAACACUCUAGCGAUGGUGGGACAGAAAGUGCACGAUAUUUUGCGAUUAAUCGAAGGCAUCCAAGAUGCUCAUCCAAAGCCACUGUUGCUGUAACGAAAUGUGAAAUGAAGGUAAUAAAACAAUGUUUUAAAUGUUUUUGAUAUGCAGAUAUUAUAAACCAAUAUCUAUUUACAAUAAUUUACAUAGCAUAAUACAGAUUUAUAAGUUCAGUCAAUAAUUGAUAAUAUGUUUUUAUAAACCUGUUUCAUACAAAGACUGAGAAAGAGCUUGUAUAAUAAUUGACUUUUCGGUCAAGUCGAAAAUACUUUACAUAUUGGCCCUUUUUCAAUUAAGAUAAUACGCUUAAUAAUAUACUUAUAAUUAUUGCAACAUAAUUACAGUAAAUUAGCUACACAUGUGAUGAGCAUUCUAAGAUCACAAAAUGGCAUGUGGUACUCUAUGAAAUACCAAGAAAAAUUUAGAAUUGAAGCAAAUUAUACACUGUCAGCACAAGUCGAAAAUAACCUGCAACAAAUGAAAUUAUAUAAUGAUCUACUUAACUAAAUUUAACCGAAAAUAUUCCCUAGUGAAAUGGGAUGGUUUUCCAAAGUAAUUGCAACUAAAUUGCACAUACAAUAAAUACAUCUGCCUAGUUACUUAAUCUACGUAGGCAUGGAAAAUACUUCAACAUUAUUAUAUAAACUGAUUUUAGAUUUUAAGGAGAUACAUAUUUAUGCUGAUAUUUUCAAGGCUACAUCAAGGGUUGCUUCGGUGAUUCCAAGUCCACUAUAUCGAAAAUUUCAAUUUAAUUUGAGACAAUUUUGCCGUGUUCAAUAACAGGCUCGCAAUUCAAUAUACUUUUGCCAAUAGGAACGAAAAUAAUCUGUACGAAUUGCCACUUUUUCUUCUAUCACAGUCCUAAGUAGUAAAUAACAAUUUCUUACGCGUUAAAGUAAUAAAUACAUACAUUGUAUACAAACUGAAGAAGAUAGAGUAUAUCAAAUAGAAAAUGUAAAAAUACAGUUAUGUGCAAAUGUUAUGAUACAAUAUACAUGGUAAAAUAAAAAAUUGAAAUACU